AUGCUGUGCCAGCUGAGGGGAGUGGCCGCCGAGACUGUGAUUCCUCUGCGCCUCGCUGGCGGUGCUUUCCACGUAUGGUCCCAGCUGCCGGCGGCCAGUCGCUGCUCGCUGACGGCCGUGAGAGACGCCCUCCAGGCGGCGUUUGCUCUCGAUGAGUACGCCGCCUAUGAAGCGUUCGCCGCUCGGCGACUGAUGCCAGGAGAGUCGGCGGACGUAUUCCUCGCAGACCUCCGCCGGCUGGCGGCGCUGUUCGGAGGAGUGCCGGAGCGAGCGCUGGCAUGCGCAUUCGUGGCAGGCCUGCCGGACAGCGUCCGGCAGAUGAUCCGUGCUGGCUGCCGGGCAGAUGGACUGGACCUGUCGUCGGUGCUGGCGCGCGCUCGCGCUGUACUGACCGACGAGCGGCUCUCCGCAGCAGCAGCAGCGGCGCGUCGGACUGUGCCGCCGCCGGCUAGCCACCCACCUGCGGCGCCUGGUCCCGGCCAGCCGCCGUGGAGACGACGGGUGGUGCGCGUCACCACGAUCAGCGGCGACGACCUGAAAUGCAGCGGCAUUGGCAGUGUAACGGUGGAGGCGCCGACGGGCCAUCGUGCCGCGCUUGAAACGCUGGUGGUGGAGGAGCGGCCGCUCGGCGUGGAUAUGGUGCUCGGGGUCAGCGGUAUCUCGGCUCUCGGGGGCGUGACGGUGCUGUCCCCCUCUGUGGUGCGGUUCUGUGGAGCAGUGUGCCGUGCGCCGCCAGACAUUGAGACGCCGGACUUCCGGGUGCAGUUCAACGCGGCUGACCGGAAGUGGUCGGUUGCAUGGAAAUGGUCUGAUGGAAUAGGACCCCAGUGCCUCACGAACGCUGUGCCGCAGUAUGCUGUGCCGCCCGCCGCUCGUCACGAGUUCGAGACAGAACUUGACGACUGGAUAGAGCGGGAGUGGCUCGUGCCGUAUGACGAGCGGCGGCAGGGGCCGCCGAAAGGGUUGGUGCCGCUAAUGGCUGUGGAGCAGCGCAAUCGGGGGAAAGUUCGACCGGUGCUGGACUACCGGGAACUGAAUGACUUUGUGCAGGCUCACACAGCUGACAGCGACGUGUGCGCGGAACAGCUCCGCAAGUGGCGCCGGCACGGCGCAAAUGUGGCGGUCGUGGACCUGAAGCGUGCCUACCUCCAGCUGCACCUGGAGGAGCGACUCUGGCCGUUUCAGACGGUGAUGGUGCGGGGGCAGCGAUUCUGCUUGACCCGCCUAGGUUUUGGUUUGAAUAUCGCGCCCCUCGUGAUGAAGGCUGUCGUGCGUGCUGUGCUCGAUCAGGACCCCGACAUCGGGCGUGCCGUCCUCCCAUAUGUGGACGAUCUCCUUGUAAAUGAGGACAUUGUCAGUGCCGAGCGCGUGGUGGCGCAUUUCGCGCAGUUUGGGCUGGACUGUAAGCCGCCGGAGCGGGCGGCCAGUGGAGCGCGGCUCCUGGGCCUGCGGGUGCACGAGGAGAACGGACAGCUGCGGUGGAAGCGGGACAAUGCCAUGGACUGUAUCGCGAGUCGCCUCGCCAGUGACGACCCGGCCCGUGGCGUGUGGUGUGUCGACGGGGACGAGGUGGUCGCCUGGACAGACGCCAGCUCGCUGGCCACCGGAGUGGUCCUGGAAAACACAGACGGGACGGCCGCGGACGGUGGUGCCGGGGCGCGGGAGCUCCCUGCGGUGGAGACGGGCCCUUACACAGUCGGAGACGCGGUGUGGGUGCGCCGACGGGGGACGCGCUGCACGGAGCCGUCCCGCCGGGGUACCGUCACGGCGGUGGUCUCUCCGCAGGUUGUCGAUGUGGACGGACCGAUUCGUCGUCUUCGUCGCAUCGGCUCCGACACUCUCUGCUGA